CGUCGUUUUCUUGUCAAUACAAACACGACGCCAUUUUGAAGUAAGAAUUGCUUCCAAAUGGCGUCGUUUUCUUUCUUGUGAUAUGUUUGCUCUUGAAAAUUAGGUUUUGGGUUUUGAAUUUUGGGAAUUAAUUGCAUCAAUGGUGCUGAGUUAAUCAACGGCGGGUAAAGGGAGGACUCGAGCCUUGAUAUAGCUGCAUUCUAUGCUCUUUAGCGUGCUUAAUUCAGCUAGAGUUAGCUUACCUCAGGUGGAUUUGAACCAAUUUGCUACUCAGGAAUGCUUUCAAUGUUUGCCAGAAUCUUUCUUCAAAGGACUUUGUAUUCGGCUACAUUCACCAACAACACCAACAUUUUUAGGUGUCUUAAAACUAUAGCACCUUCCAUCGACCAGUGUAGCAAUCCUUUCAACGGCAAAGGUAGUUGUGGCAGAAGAGUGCCUAAUGAUGACUACUUUGCAACAAUCCAUCAUGUAUCUAACAUUGUUCGACGAGAUAUUUACCUGGAGCGGACCCUUAACAAGAUGCGUAUUUCAAGUAUUGUCAACUCUGAACUGGUGUACCGUGUCCUUCGAAGUUGUUGCCAACAUGGUAUUGAAUCUUUUCGUUUCUUUAACUGGGCUCGGACACAACACCCUCAGUAUGAUCCAACUACCGUCGAGUUUGAAGAACUUCUUAAGACCCUUGCCCGGACUGCCCACUGGGAGACAAUGUGGAAAGUAGUCCAGCAGAUGAAAGCCCAAAAUAUUCCUAUCUCACCCUCCAUUGUUUCAUUCAUUAUUGAACACUAUGGUAAGCGUGGUCUCAUUGAUCAGGCUGUCGAGCUCUUCAAUCGGCUCAAGAACUUUGACUGUCCUCAAACUACUGAAGUAUACAAUGCUAUGCUUUUCGCACUCUGUGAGGUGAAGAAUUUCCAAGGGGCCUAUGCAUUGAUUCGGAGGAUGAUACGAAAAGGUACUGUUCCAGAUAAGCAGACAUAUUCUAUUCUUGUAAAUGGCUGGUGUUCUGCCGGGAAGAUGAGAGAGGCACAAGAGUUCUUGGAGGAAAUGAGUCGAAAGGGCUUCAAUCCUCCUGUACGUGGGAGGGACCUUCUAAUUGAUGGGUUGCUCAGUGCUGGCUAUCUAGAAUCAGCUAAAGGAUUGGUGAGAAAAAUGACAAAGGAGGGGUUUGUGCCAGAUGUUGGAACGUUUAAUUCUUUGGCAGAGGCUAUAUGUAAAACUGGAGAAAUCGACUUUUGCAUUGACCUUUUCAAUGAUGUUUGUAGAUCGGGAUUUUGUCCUGAUAUUGAGACUUAUAAGAUUGUCAUAACUGCUGCAUCAAAGGUAGGUAGGAUUGAUGAUGCAUUUCAGAUUCUUCAUAGGUCAAUUGAAGAUGGACACCGGUCAUUUCCCAGUUUAUAUGCUCCAAUUCUGAAAGCUCUCUUCCGGAGAGGACAAUUUGAUGAUGCAUUUAGCUUUUUCAGUGAUAUGAAGCUGAAAGGGCAUCCACCAAAUCGACCACUUUAUACCAUGUUGAUAAAGAUGUGCUCUCGUGGAGGCAGAUUUGUAGAGGCUGCUAAUUAUUUAGUAGAAAUGACUGAGUUAAAUUUGUUGCCUAUGUCACGAAACUUUGACAUGGUGACAGAUGGAUUGAAGAAUUGUGGGAAGCAUGAUCUAGCCAAAAGGAUCGAGCAGUUGGAGAUAUCUGUCAAGGGCAUCUGAAUUAUUGUGUGGCUCUAGCUAAGGUGACCCCCCUGUCACUGAACUUGAGGAUGAUGAGAGUCCUAAAGUUGAAAAAGGUAUACAGUCGAGGUACCAAAUCGUUCAACCAACCUUAGCUCAUUUGUUCCUUUUUGUCUUGGGAAGCAAUUAAUUGAACUUCUCUUGUUGCGACUUGAGUAAUUUGGAAUUAAAUCACGAAAGAGCCUUUCAUGGAUUAUCAUCUCGAAGUCACAAAGUCAAGAUUUAUAAAGGCAAUUGUAGACUACUUUUGAAAAAUCACCAGAGGGUGUGAUCCAGUUGUCAAUGAAGUGGGUGAAAAUCAUGGGAGCCAAGAUUCAAAUCCUAGCAAAGAUUAAAAUGCUAGGUGAUUUCCUGAUUCUUUCCCAUCUGUCUUAGCAAAGUUACCCCGUACCCAUACUUGUGGGAGGUAGCAAGUCCCCAAUGAAAUAGUCUCAAUGGGUGCAGGCUGGCCUGAGUAUCACUGUUACAACAAAAAUAUUAGAAUGAAUUGUUGGAGGGAAUUAUGUAGCCAUUCUAUGAAAGAGGUCAAAGCUAUGGAAUGGACUAAAAUAGAAAGUAGGUCAACAACAGGGACAAAGGGAGUACAGUUUUCGAUUGGUUGCAUCUAUGUUCAAAUUUGUUAUGUUCCAUUGUCAUGCAUGUGUUGUUGGGCUCUUAUACUAAUCUAAAAGUUGAGACUUGACGUGCAGUGUUUUAAGUGUUCUAUUUUUAGAGUCUUGUUUGUUCUUCUGACAAUUAAGGAGCUCUUACGUGUUGUUUUGCGUCCUUUCACAAUGCACAUGAUGGGCUAAGCUUAGAAUUCCGCUAGCACUUGAUAUUUUAUUAUGCUUUUUUCCUUUGACAACACUGAAUCGUGAGCUAGCAUUUCUUCAGAAACCGAGCUAGUAAAAUUGGGGAAAAAAUUAUAUAAUCACAGAAAUAUAAAGAGAAUAUUCACUCAUCUGUUCUGAAUGCUGUCUUAAUUUUGAAGUAGCCUGAUUUCUUUCCCAAAAACUCAGACGUGCUUAUGAAAAUCAAUCCACUUUCUACUUCUAGCUGAUACUGAAAAUGUCCACUGGAAGGUGAAAAUUGUAUACCCUGAUUUGUCUUUUUAAUCAUACAGUGUGAUUAUGGUAGAUGAAGCUCAUGAAAGGUCUCUCUCGACGGACAUCUUAUUGGAAUUACUGAAAAAGAUUCAAAGCCGUCGGCCUGAGCUGCGUAU